AAAAGAUUCAUUUCAGGAGAACAUGGACAUGCGCCCAGCAAUUCUUAAGAAUGAGCUGCCUCCAAGUUACGAGCAAGCAGGAGAAUCGCUUCAACAUGCCAACUCAUGCGGCAAUGAUGACUGCAGCCAGCAAAUUUGUCUGAAAAUAAAGGCUUUCAAGAACCACUUCCCGAAAUGCCAGCAACGAUCAAACUGCAUGGACUGCAAGUUUCUCUUCAAAUUCUUCGGCUGCCAUGCUCAAAGCUGCACCAAGGUUAACUGUCAGACGCCAUUUUGUUUUCGCAUCAAACAGAAAAUGGCGUUGAAAGAAACUUUGUCAGAACUUAAGAGGUUGCGUGCUGUGGAAUUGCUACUUGACACCAUCUCAGCGGACAGGCUCGAGUAUUUCGGGAACAACCAGGACAAGGCGGUGUACGCGAGGAAAGUGGAAACGUACAUCUACGACCGCGCGUUCACGCUGGACGAAUACUACCGCCUUCUGGCUGUCAAGAGAUGGGACGUAGUGAUGGACAUAGAUGAGAGAGAGUAUGAGAGAUGCGGUUUUUUUUGGGAUCGCCGUGACGUGUUGUCCAAGGCUGUUCAGACUGAUGAAGUUCACAUAGUCCCCAUCACACCAGAGGAUCAUUGAAGAUUAAACAAGUCUUAAUAAAGACGUACUGCCUGGCAAAAAAAGAGUAAAAAAUAAUAAGAGCAUCUUAAAAAUAUUUUAAACGUAUUAAAGUCGACAUAACGCUCGACAUGUUUCGAUCCAUUUCCUCGGAUCUUUUUUUUUGUACACUCCGCGCAUUCGACGAGUGAAGGCGAAUGGAUCGAGACAAAUGCCGAGCUUUAUAUCGACUUUAUACGUGAGUAACCCGUUUAAAGUUUGUUUAAGUCUCGCGGGAGUUUUAUAAUAAUACGGGCGCCACCGUCUAUGUAAACUGGCAUGUGGCAACUAUUGAGUCACUUUUUUGGGAACAGGAAGUGUUGCUAUGAUUAAAAAACUACCAUUUCUAGUCUUUUUUGCUACCAGCAUCGUUUUAUACCUGCGGGCCGAUUUUUGAGUCUCACGCGUUCUAAUUCAGAAAAUUGUCACUGAAAAUAAUAAGCAAGCCACCGUUAUCAACCGGUAUUUUAGUGACAAAAUCCCGUAUGGGAGAUUCAAAAAUCGCCCUCCUGGCUGGAUAUUGUCAUUAUAGAUUUUUUACAGAAUUCCAUUUAUGUUCCUACUUCCUAUGUUAAAUUUUAUUUCGAUUUUCAAUUAUUAUGAGAGUUUGCAUGAAUCUGAUUCACACACCUAUUUUUUAAGGAAUAUAACAAACUUAUGGGCAUACAGAUGUAGUGAGAAUAGGGUUCUUCGUAUUUAGCAUAGAGGAAUAAGCAAGGGAAGAGUUGUA